AGAAGGAAAAGUUAGUUGAUAGAGUGGUUGUUGAAAACCACUUGUCAAGCGUUGCUUAAGGUUCAGCGAACGCCCGAAGCCCUUUGUCUCACUGUUCCCGGGGAGAUGGAGGCGAAGCUGGAGGAUAUUAACACAGUCAAGUCGACCUGGAAAACUCGCCAUUGGAACUUCAGGAGCAUCAAGCUGUUUGUCCUGUGUCAUGGAAUGCUGCAGUGUUCCCAGCUCCUGUACAGCGCCUACUUCAAAAGCAGCAUCAUUACCAUUGAGAAACGAUUUGGGCUUUCCAGCUUCUCGUCUGGCUUCUUGUCCAGCCUGCAUGAGAUUGGGAACUCACUUCUGAUUGUUUUUGUCAGUUAUUUUGGAAAUCGUGUUCACCGACCGAGAUUGAUUGGAAUGGGUGGUCUUCUCCUCAGUUUUGGAGCUUUUCUGCUCACCAUUCCUCACUUCAUUUCUGAACGUUACGAGUACUCCAAGGCAGCAAAUGAAAACGUAAAUUAUUCCAGCAUUGACACCUGUCGCCUAGAGAACCAGACACAAAGCAUGGAAAUCUGUACUAAGUUCACAGUACACUUGAACAAUAUGAGCAUUGUGUGGAUAAUAAUUGUUAUUGCCCAGCUAAUAGUGGGCAUUGGGACUGUGCCAAUUCAGCCGUUUGGCAUUUCGUAUGUGGAUGAUUUUGCUGAGCCUUCAAACUCUCCAAUAUAUAUCGCAAUCCUGUUUGCUAUAUCUGUUUUUGGGCCUGCUUUUGGCUACUUACUAGGAUCGGUGAUGUUACGGCUAUUUGUGGAUUUGGACAAAGUGAACCCAGCUACAAUUGAUUUGACACCCAGUGACCCUCGCUGGAUUGGUGCCUGGUGGUUGGGGUUGUUAGUAUCAAGCAGCAUUCUGGCCAUCACCUCUAUCCCUUAUUUUUUUUUCCCUAGAGAAAUGACACCUCAAAAGAAGUCAGGAAGCGAGGCUGAUAUGCUAAGUGAGAUGGACGAACAAAAAAUGGAAGAAAUGUCACUCAAAGAAUUCAUCAAGAAGUUUCCCAAAAUGCUUGCCAGGUUGCUGCUGAAUCCAUUGUUUAUCAUUAUUGUGAUAGCUCAGUGCAGUUUCUCUUCCAUGCUUGCUGGUCUCUCUACAUACUUCAAUAAAUUCUUGGAACAUCAGUACUCUACAACAGCUUCCUAUGCAAAUUUCCUCAUAGGAUCUAUAAUGCUUCCAGCUGUUGCUAUAGGAAUGAUCCUUGGUGGGCUUUUUAUGAAGCGUUUCCAUCUCUCCCUGGCGAAGAUCCCCUGGUGCUCAGCCAGCAUUCUGAGUCUGGUCAUUAUUCUGAACAUUCCUCUGUUUUUCUUGGGAUGCUCAACUCAGAAAAUUGCUGGAAUCAAUUACAGUAAAGAUGGCAACAGGUCCUCUUCAUUCAGUCUCCAGGCUGACUGUAAUGCUCAUUGCUUCUGCUCUGAUUACACCUACAACCCAGUGUGUGGAGUUGAUGCUGUAGAAUACAUCUCACCAUGUCAUGCUGGUUGUACUUAUUCUCUCUUCAAUCAAUCCACAAGGAUGAUUAUAACUCACUUGAAUUGUAGCUGCAUUCAGACUUCCAACAAUGAGGACUAUGCUCGUCCUGGACACUGCAAAGUCAGCUGUACCCACUUGCUUCUUUCAAUGGUUGUUAGCAUUGCUUUUGUUGGAUUCAUAGCCUCGCUUACCCACAAUCCUCUCUACAUGACAGUGCUCCGUGUGGUGAGACAAGAUGAAAAAUCAUUUGCAAUUGGGAUUCAGUUUUUGAUAAUGAGGCUAUUGGCAUGGUUACCAGCUCCUGCUGUGUUUGGUGCUGUCAUUGAUUCAACUUGCAUUAGGUGGAAUAAGACAUGCACUGGAAAGAGUGCAGCGUGUGCUUACUAUGAUAACAUUUUACUGAGGAAUAGGUACCUGGGUCUACAACUUGGCUAUAAUGCCCUUGGAACAUUGCUUUUACUGAUUGCUGGUUGGAAAGCAAAGACAUUCAGUGCACGUAAGAUUGCUGUACAGAACACAACAGCACUAUGAAGAUUCUCCAGCUGAUAUAAUGGGAACUAACAAUGCUUUACACAAUUGACCAACCUACAAAUUAUUUUUGUAUCCGAAUCAUGUACUUAACAAUACUUUGAAUUACAGUGUUGAUUUAUUUCAGAGUUAAAUCAUUGUCAAAUAAGUAUAAUGAGAAAAAAUUGAGCAAUGUCAAGAACCCUCAGUAACAACAACUUGCAUUUAUAACACACCUUUAAUGCAGUUAAACAUCCCAAGACGGGGACUAUACAAAGAAAAUUUGACAUCGUAAAUGUAAGUAGCUAUUAGAUCAAAACCUUGUCUCAAAGAAUAUGAAUGAGCAUCUUGAGAGAGAGAGAAUGAGCAAGAGAAACACACAGACAGAGAAGAGAGGUAAAGAGAUGGAGGGGGUCAGGGAGCAAAUUCUAGAAUUCAUCAUGUCUGUUGAAAGCACAACUGCUGUUUAUGGAGUGAUAAAAGUUGGAAUUGAUCAGCCAGGCCACAAUUGGGAGUACUGUUAAAGAAAUUACCACGUUGGAAGAGGUUACAAAAAUAAGGAGGACCAUGGUUUGAAAUCAAGAACAGAAACUAUGCUGGAGCAGACCUUUACUUUCAGUGGGAUGUUAUUCAUGCCCCCUUACACAUUAGCAACACAGAAGUGGAACAAGUGGACAGCGUCAAGCUCCUAGGAGUGAUCAUCCACAACAAAGCUUUCUUGGACUCUUCAUGUGGACGCACUGGUUACAAAGGCCCAAUAACAUCUCUUCUUCCUCAGGCAGCUGAGGAAAUUUGGCAUGACGGUGACUACCCUUGCCAACUUUUAUAGGUACGCCAUCGAGAGCAUUCUGUCUGGAUGUAUCACUACCCUGGUAUGUCAACAGUACCAUUCAAGAUCGGAGACGGUUACAGAGAGUGGUGAACUCAGCCCAGACAAUCACAAAGGUCAACCCCCUAUCUAUAGAUUCAAGGAAAGGUUGCCAACAUUCUCAAAGAUCCAUCCAUCCUGGCAAUGUUUUUCUACAACCUCUACCAUCAGGGAGAAGGUACAGAAGCCUGAACACAUGCACCAUCUGGUUUCAAAAAAGUUUCUACCCUACUGUUGGACUUACAAACUCUUAAUAUUUGCUUGUAACUGUGUUUUUGUUUUUGUUUUUGCUGCUGUUUACUUAUUAUUUACUUAUCUAUGCUACUUAACUACAAUCUAUCUGUAUUGCUCACAAGACCAAGCAUUUCACUGUGCCUCGGUACACGUGAUAAUAAAUUCAAUUCAAUUCAAUUUAGUGUUAAAACCCAUAGAUAGUAAGCUAAACUAAAUCAACCUCUCAGUCACUGGAUUUACAACACAAUGAAGUUUAAACAUUCAAUUACCCUCAAAAUUGUCUAAUUGUUCCUACCCAGAUUUUAUGAAUAAGAGAUCUUUUGAUACCUUUGUAGGAGCAUAGCCAUCAACUGGGGAUAAAAACUUCUGGAGGCAAGUGGCCUCAAUGAACAAACUCAAUUAUUCAUUUAAUCUUUGGCUCAGAUUGGAAGAAAGACCAGUGACACACUCACUUGUACAAUAAAAAGCAGUAUUUUAUACUAUUCUGUAUGACAAUAAUCAGAUACAACAUAUUACAGCCCUUCUCUCCUAAUCCAUAUAACCAAUCUUGUGAAACACCUAAUUAAUGAUGGGCAUCCCAGGUUCCAAUAAUCUCAUGGUGUUUAGCAGGCAGUGUAAUCUCCAGGCCUUGAGAACUUUGUAUGAACCCUAUUCAUUCACAUUCCAAAGUUAAUUGCGACCCUCCUUCAGGCUGUUCAGGCUGGCUAAUCUACAGGGACGGAAUUAAUUCUGUAAUUCAUUGUAUUUUAUUGGAUCAAAUUCAACUAUUCCUCUUAUAUUUUCCACUGU